GUAUUGUCUCACACAGGUUGUCCUGUUUAUGCUUAAUGUUUUAGUUUGUGAUCGUGCAGGUCAGCUAUUAAAACAAGUACAAAUGUUGUGGCAAAAAUCAGAAAUAUGUUUUAUGGUAUUAGCAAUAUUGGGCUGUACCUCAGUAUUUUGUCUUGAGACACUUCGUAAGGGUAAAUCAAUCCAAUCUGGUAGACUUAUCAUUGGUUCUAGUAAAACUACAAAUGAAAACAAGGAUGAUCUUCUCAAGAAGUUGCAUGAUAAAUAUGUUCAAGACAUUAGUGGGAAUCCAUCCAACCAGCCAGCACUUAUCGAAGGAUCCCAACUGGGCAUGUUAAAACUCUGGCGUUUGAGUCCCUCUGUACAGUGUGAUAAUGAUUCGAUGUCUCUGCGUAUUCAGGGAAGUCGAGUACCCAACUUCUUUGUUGAGACAAGUGAAGAAGGUGCCGUGCCUUUAUUUCAAAUGCCUUCAGCCUGUGGCUUUUCGGUGAAAAGGGCCCGCAGAGACCUUGCACUCGUUGCCAAAUAUGAUGGCUGUAAUGUUGUGCAACAGGGGGAUACCUACAUCUUGCCUCUGCGUUUUUUGGGAGUUGCUGUGAAGGUUGUCUGUCCUAUGGCUCGUCCUAUCUCCAUGGUCUUCUGUAGCCAUUCGGCUAUGGUCAUCAAUCUUUGCACAUCUGUAGAGGCUCUCUGGGUGAAGGUGAAUGGUGUGUGGCAGCCUGUGCACCAGGUAACCACCUGUGGAUUUACCUUGAAACCUGUGGGAGGUGGACUGACGCUUACAGCACCGUAUGCAAGCAAUUGCUGGCAAUUUGAGGGUGCUGAGAGGCUUUUGUCUGUGAAAUAUAUGGGUGUGGAGUUGACCUUGUCCUGCCCAGCUGUUGCUGCUUUACAUGUUGAUGGGCACCUUGGAACUCCUGCAGAUACUCCCAUAACUACCUCAACAACUACAUCUGCACCUGCCAGUGCUGAUCAACUGGCAUCUGAUCCAUGGUAUUAUCCUUAUUUUAUGCCUUGGCAUUUCCAACAUGGCCAUCCUGGUGCUCCCCCAGUUACCCAGACAACUACAGCUCCAACUACCACAACUACCCCAACUACUACAGUUGUAACAGCCGGUGCUAAUCAAAUGGUGUCUUAUCCUUGGUUACAUGGAAUGUAUUAUCCUUAUUUUAAGCCAUGGUAUUUCCAACAUUACCUUCCUGGCGCUCACCAAGUUACCUACGCAACCAAAACUCCGGCCACAACUACCCCAGCUUUUAUUCCUUCUAUCACAACUACACUGCCAACUAUCCCAGCUGCCCCAGCCAGUGCUAAUCAACAGGGAUUGUACCAUUGGAUCCCUGGACGGUAUCAUGGUAUGCCAUGGUAUUUCCAUUAUAGCCAUCCUGGAGCUCCUACAGUACCCCACCCACCCACAACCCAAACUACCACAACAACCACUGCUCCAACUACAUCUACCACGGUUGCCCCAAGCAGUUCUGAUCAACUACCCUAUCCGUGGUUAGCUGGAAUGUACAAUCCUUAUGUUCCUGUGGCUUCCCCUGACAUUUCAGUGUCUGACCCUAAUAGAGAGGAUGCACAGCAGACAUACAUGUCCUGGAUGGAUGCCUUUCCUAAAUAUAAAUCUUCAAACCAAAUGUCAAGCUUUCCAUUAGUUAACCCAUCUAAUGUUUUGUCGUAUCCUGCCCAAUAUUUUCCACUAAAGGUCAAAGCAGGUCCAGGAAAAUGACUGUACAUUCUUGACUGACUGUGGUUUUCAAAUGAAGGUGGUAAUGAAACAAUAAAAAGUAAAGUCAAAA